AAACCUUAACUAAUUAUUAUUGUAAAUAAAUAGGAAAUACAUAUAUUAAAUUAAUUGAAUAUGGUUCAAUAUCAAGGGAACUCCGGUGCCGGCGGCGGUGGUGAGCACAUUCACAUGGUCACCUUGGACAAGACGGGCAAGAAAUCCUUUGGCAUUUGCAUAGUGCGCGGCGAGGUGAAGGAUUCGCCGAAUACGAAAACAACUGGCAUAUUCAUAAAGGGCAUCGUGCCCGAUAGUCCUGCGCAUCUCUGUGGCAAACUAAAGGUGGGCGAUCGCAUUCUAUCGCUGAAUGGCAAGGAUGUGCGGCAUGCCACAGAGCAAGCGGUCAUUGAUCUGAUCAAGGAUGCGGACUUCAAGAUCGAGCUGGAAAUACAGACAUUCGACAAGAGCGAUGAGGCCAACAAAAGCAACGAUCCACGCAGCAAUGGCUACAUGCAGGCCAAAAACAAAUUCAAUCAAGAGCAAACAUCCAGCAAUAAUAUGGGCGGCAUGGGCAUGACCAGGCAGCCGACGGUGCGCAAUGAUCCGAAGCGUGGCUCAAACUUCGCAGCCUCCACUCGGGUCAAGCACGUGCCGCUCAACUACGACGAAGACGAUGAGGAUACGCGUGACAUGACCGGACGCAUACGUACACAAGCGGGCAUUGAGAUCGAUCGCGCUUCGGCGGGCAACUGCAAGCUGAACAAGCAGGAAAAAGAUCGCGACAAGGAGACGGAGGAUGAGUUCGGCUAUACCAUGGCGAAGAUCAACAAGCGCUAUAACAUGAUGAAGGAUCUGCGUCGCAUCGAGUUCCAGAGGCAGGGCAACCUGCCGCUGGGCAUUGCUUUGGCUGGCCACAAGGACAGACAGAAAAUGGCCUGCUUUAUCGCCGGCGUGGAUCCGAAUGGCUUGCUGGCCAAUCUGGAUGUGAAGCCGGGCGACGAGAUCGUCGAGGUCAAUGGCAAUGUGCUGAAGAAUCGCUGCCACUUGAAUGCCAGCGCCGUCUUUAAGAACGUUGAGGGCGAGAAAAUCGUGCUGAUUACCUCCCGGCGCAAGGCCAACGAUGAGGGCAUGUGCGUCAAGCCCAUUAAGAAGUUCCCACCAUCCACAGAUGAGACGAAAUUCAUCUUCGAUCAGUUCCCCAAGGCGCGCUCGGUUCAGGUACGCAAGGAGGGCUUCCUGGGCAUCAUGGUCAUCUACGGCAAGCACGUCGAGGUGGGCAACGGCAUCUUUGUAUCUGAUUUACGCGAGGGCUCCAACGCAGAGCUGGCGGGCGUCAAAGUCGGUGACAUGUUGCUGGCUGUUAAUCAGGAUGUGACACUGGAGUCGAACUAUGAUGAGGCGACCGGACUAAUAAAACGUGCCGAGGGCGUGGUCACCCUGAUUCUGCUCACACUCAAGAGCGAAGAGUCCAUCAGGAGCGAGCGCGAGGCAGAGGAGAAGAAGAAAGAGGAGGCCAAAAAGGAGGCGGAGAAGCCACAAGAUCCAGCCACAGCUGAAAUAAAGCCAAACAAAAAGAUUCUCAUUGAGGUGAAGGUGGAAAAGAAACCGUUGGGCGUUAUAGUAACCGGUGGCAAGAACAACUUCGUCAAGACUGGUUGUGUCAUCACACACAUUUAUCCGGAAGGCGCCAUCGCGGCUGACAAUCGCCUGAAGAUCUUUGAUCACAUUUGCGACAUCAACGGCAAUCAGGUGCACUGCGAGAGCAUGACCACGCUGAAGGUGCAUCAGCUGUUCCACAUGACCUACGAGAAGAAUGUCAACUUUACAGUUUACCGUGCCGAUCCGCCGGAGCUGGAGAAAUUCAAUGUGGACUUUAUGAAGAAGAGCGGCAAGGAAUUGGGUCUCUCGCUGGCGCCCAAUGAACGCGGCUGCACCAUCUCCGAAAUUAUACAAGGACAAUAUCCAGAAAUCGAUAGCAAGCUGCAACGCGGCGACAUUAUAACCAAAUUUAACGGCGAUGCGCUGGAGGGUCUGCCAUUCCAGGUGUGCUAUGCAUUGUUCAAGGGCGCCAACGGCAAGAUCUCGAUGGAGGUGACACGGCCAAAGCCCACGCUGCGAACGGAGGCACCCAAGUAGAGGACGAGCGAACGAAAUUCAUCCACUGUAGAUGCGUGUUAGUGCCAUGAAGAAUAAAACAAUUUAGAAUCAGUUCUAAUUUAAUAA